GGCGUGCGGGUCUCCGUGCGUCCGCGCGUGCGUCCGACCGUGCCUCCGCGUCCGCCGCCCGCGGGGCCCGGAGCGCGCCCGCGACACCGAGGCCGAGCGCGGGCAGGGGGCAGCCCGCCAUGACCCCCUGGAGCCCGGCGUGAGGGGCCGAGAUGCGGUGACCCACCAGCCCCUGCUGUGGCCCUCUUCCUCGGUUUGCCCCGUCUCUCCACACCUGGGGUGGGCCCAGCCCCUGUGCCGCCUCUGGCCACCAUGUCGACCUCGUCGCUGAGGCGCCAGAUGAAGAACAUUGUCCACAACUACUCAGAGGCUGAGAUCAAGGUCCGCGAAGCCACAAGCAACGACCCCUGGGGCCCAUCCAGCUCCCUCAUGUCGGAGAUCGCCGACCUCACCUACAAUGUUGUGGCUUUCUCGGAGAUCAUGAGCAUGAUCUGGAAGCGGCUCAAUGACCAUGGCAAGAACUGGCGGCAUGUGUAUAAGGCCAUGACGCUGAUGGAGUACCUCAUCAAGACUGGCUCGGAGCGCGUCUCGCAGCAGUGCAAGGAGAACAUGUACGCGGUGCAGACGCUGAAGGACUUCCAGUACGUGGACCGUGACGGCAAGGACCAGGGUGUGAAUGUGCGCGAGAAGGCCAAGCAGCUGGUGGCCCUGCUGCGCGAUGAGGACCGGCUGCGGGAGGAGCGCGCUCAUGCACUCAAGACCAAGGAGAAGCUUGCGCAGACCGCCACUGCCUCCUCUGCAGCUGUGGGCUCCGGGCCCCCACCGGAGGCGGAGCAGGCGUGGCCGCAGAGCAGCGGCGAGGAGGAGUUGCAGCUCCAGCUGGCCCUGGCCAUGAGCAAGGAGGAGGCCGACCAGCCCCCGUCCUGCGGCCCCGAGGAUGACGUCCAGCUCCAGCUGGCCCUUAGUUUGAGCCGUGAGGAGCACGAUAAGGAAGAGCGGAUCCGCCGAGGGGACGACCUGAGGCUGCAGAUGGCCAUCGAGGAGAGCAGACGGGAGACUGGUGGCCAGGAGGAGUCCUCCCUCAUGGAUCUCGCAGACGUCUUCACAGCCCCGGCUCCGCCGCCGGCAUCAGACCCCUGGGGGGGCCCAGUGCCCGUGACUGCUGCCAUCCCUGCAGCUGCCCCUGCCUCGGACCCUUGGGGGGCCCCUCCUGUCCCUCCGGCUGCUGAUCCCUGGGGUGGUCCAGCGCCUACACCGGCCUCAGGGGAUCCCUGGCGGCCUGCUGCCCCUGCGGGGCCCCCAGUUGACCCGUGGGGUGGGACCCAGGCCCCUGCAGCUGGAGAGGGUCCCAUGCCUGACCCGUGGGGGAACUCAGAUGGUGGGGCCACAGUCGGUAGAACGCCAGCCUCUGAUCCCUGGGCCCCAGCCCCAGCUUUCUCAGACCCCUGGGGGGCCUCACCUGCCCAGCCCAGCAGCAAUGGCACUACAGCAGUCGGGGGCUUUGACACGGAGCCCGACGAAUUUUCUGACUUCGACCGACUGCGCACAGCACUGCCGGCCUCGGGAAGCAGCACUGGGGACCUGGAGCUGCUCGCCGGAGAGGUGCCCGCCCGCAGUCCAGGGGCAUUCGACAUGAGUGGGGUUGGGGGCUCUCUGGCUGAGGCUGUGGGGAGCCCCCCGCCUGUGGCCACCCCAGCCCCUACGCCACCCACACGGAAGACUCCGGAGUCAUUCCUAGGGCCCAAUGCAGCCCUUGUCGACCUAGACUCGCUGGUGAGCCGGCCGGGCCCCACACCGCCAGGAGCCAAGGCCUCCAACCCCUUCCUGCCGAGUGGAGCCCCAGCCACUGGCCCCUCCCUCACCAACCCCUUCCAGCCCACGCCCCCUGCGACGCUCACCCUGAACCAGCUCCGGCUGAGCCCUGUGCCCCCCGUCCCUGGAGCACCACCUGCGUACAUCUCUCCCCUUGGCGGGGGUCCUGGCCUGCCUCCUAUGAUGCCCCCAGGGCCCCCGGCCCCCAGCACUAAUCCUUUCCUCCUAUAAUCCAUGGCAUGGGGGCUUGGCCCACCCGGGUCCCCAUUUCCGCUCCCUGGGAGACCAGUGUUGUGAGUGCAUGUGAAGCAGGGGCCCUGCCCCCCCACCCCGCGCCCCGCCCCUGGGGCACGCUCACACUACACCCUCUUCCCACACCCCUUGCCCCACCUCCCCAGAGAGAACCUAGACAUGGGGGUGGGGAGGGGUGGCGCCAGAGGAGGACCCCUUUCCUGUGGCAUUAGGGGAGGGACAGCUGGGGUUCCCCUGCCAUCCCCCCGGCUGGCCUCCAUCAGGUUUGAGCCUCCUCACCCCACACCCCUUGGUGAGCCCUCGGUGAUGAUUUUGGCAACUUUGGGAAUAAAUGGCGAUUCUCAUGGGUGUGGCCCCCCAA